UGCUGAGCUCCGUUCCAGCCCUGACAUGCGGUGCGCCCUUGUAGCUCUCCAGAAUCCGGAGUCAGCAUCUCUGCGUCCGUUACGCACCGCUGGAGGGACGACCCGCAGCGCGCCAAGGCGACCGGCCGAGCAGCCGAGCAGCCGUGCUACAGGUUGAAGCUGCCCACUGUAAGAGAUGAAACACACUCUGUGUCCAUGUGUGUGUGUCCUCCCUGCCAGAGGCGUCUCCUCGCCACAUAACGGAGCUGGAACUAUCACGGAAUAGCGAUGCAUCUGACAUAACUCGCUGUUUUUGGAGUCGAGACCACGAGGGCAAUGAAGGUGCACUCGCCUCCGAGGAGGAGACUGAAGCGCAGCCGCGUCCUCUUCCUCCUCUCAGGUGUGCUGCUGUGUUUCGUCUACACACUGACUCUGAAGGCCAGGCUGUCGGAGCCGCGAGCCUCCGCCCGGACGGAUGACGCUCUCGGGGCAGAGGUGGGUGGUGACGAUGUGGUGGAGGUCAACGUUCGGGAGGUGAUGGCAUCCAAUGAGACGGAGGAGGAGGUCGUGUUACCUGAGAGCACCAAGCCUCCUACGGUGAUCAUCGUCAACAGGACAGAUAUUGAACAGUGUAUCUACGUAGAUCCUCACCCUCCCAAACCACCUCCAACUCCACCGCCACCGACCACCGCAGCUACCCCUCGCCCCCCCCCCCAGACCCCUCACAGGAAGGGUGAUUACCCACCGGACCUCUUCUCAGUGGAGCAGCGACAGCAGGGCUGGGUGGUGCUGCACGUCAUAGGCAUGGUUUACAUGUUUGUCGCCCUGGCCAUCGUCUGCGAUGAGUUCUUUGUUCCCGGACUGGAGGUCAUCACCACCAAGCUGGAGAUCUCCGAUGACGUGGCCGGGGCCACCUUUAUGGCGGCCGGAGGCUCCGCCCCCGAGCUCUUCACCUCCCUGAUCGGCGUCUUCAUCUCCCACAGCAACGUGGGCAUCGGCACCAUCGUUGGCUCGGCUGUCUUCAACAUCCUGUUUGUGAUCGGCAUGUGCGCCAUCUUCUCCCGGGAGAUGCUGCACCUCACCUGGUGGCCGCUCUUCAGAGACGUCACCUUCUACAUCCUGGACCUCAUCAUGCUCAUCGUCUUCUUCCUGGACAACAUGAUCCUGUGGUGGGAGAGCAUGUUGCUGCUGAUGGGCUACAUCAGCUACGUGAGCUUCAUGAAGUUCAACAGUCAGAUCGAGCAGGCGGUCAAGACCCAGAUCAACAUGCACAUGAGUAUCGUCAAGGUGUGGACCGAAGGGGAGCCAGAGAAGGAGAGUGAAGCUCCACCAGCACCUCCUCCUCCUCCUGCUGCUGCUCCUCCUCCUCCUGCUGCACCAAAAGCUGAAGUUAAAUCCAAACGAGAACCUGAACUGCCUCCAGGCACCCCUCAACGCAACAGACCGCCACCAGAUCCAGAGGACAAAGCUAGACUCAGGGUGCGUCCCGUCCUGCAGCGAGGCGGCAGCACGGCGUCCCUCCACAACACCUCGCUGAGGAGCACCAUCUUCCAGCUGAUGAUCCACACGCUGGACCCUCUGGGAGAAGAUGUUGAUGAAAAGCCAACUGAGCCGGCCAGUGCUGCUGCUGCCGGCGCACCAGGGGGCGCUGCAGCCGAGCCGUCCACCUCACAGCCUCAACAGACAAAGGAGAGGAGCGGGAAGACGGCCGACCAGCCAGGCGAGUCAAAAGCAGCAGCGGGGGGAUCAGAGGGCUCGGACGGCAGCGCCGAGGACGAGGGAGACGAGGACAGCGGCGACUCCGGUGAGAGUGAAGGUGAUGACGAUGAUGAUGAUGAUGAUGGAAACAAGGAGGAAGAGGAAAAGGAGGAAGAGGAGGAGGAGAAUGAACCGUUGUCUUUAAAGUGGCCUGAAAGCAGACGUAAGCAGGCCACCUACCUGUUCCUGCUGCCCAUCGUGUUCCCGCUGUGGCUCACGCUGCCUGACGUCCGCAACCUGGCGUCCAGACGGUAUUUUGUCGGCACAUUUUUCGGCUCCAUCAUGUGGAUCGGAGUUUUCUCCUACCUGAUGGUGUGGUGGGCUCAUCAGUUAGGUGAGACUGUUGGCAUCUCGGAGGAAAUCAUGGGCCUGACCAUCCUGGCGGCCGGAACUUCGAUCCCUGACCUGAUCACCAGUGUGAUCGUGGCCCGGAAAGGUCUGGGGGACAUGGCCGUGUCCAGCUCAGUGGGCAGUAACAUCUUCGACAUCACUGUAGGUCUGCCGGUCCCGUGGCUCAUAUACACUCUGUUACACAACGGCGAGCCGGUAACCGUCAGCUCCAACGGCCUCUUCUGCGCCAUUGUGCUGCUCUUCCUCAUGCUCCUCUUUGUCAUCAUCUCCAUCGCCGUCUGCCGCUGGAAGAUGAGUCGAAAGUUGGGCCUCACCAUGUUCGUACUGUACUUUGUGUUCCUCGUGCUCAGCGUCCUGCUGGAGGAUCGCAUCCUCACCUGCCCCAUUUCAAUCUGAGCUGACCGCCGCACAUGACCUCUGUACGUCCAGACAGGAUCAAUGCUGUACGUAGAAUGUGUUAGAUAGAAGAACCGAGCCUGAUGUCAAAAGGCUGACCUGGUGUACAGUAGACACAUGGUAGAAACACUAAACGAGCAGUGACGUUAAAGGAAAAGUCCACCCUCAACAGAGUUUUACAUUAUUAGUCUGUGAUCUUGAACAAGUUCAAGCAACUACUCUGAUAACUGUGUCCAGUUUCUCUCUGUUCAUUAUGUACUGCUCUGUAUUGACCCUACGACAUUUUAUUUGUCUGAAAUGUAUUCACUAAAUCAUUCCCUAAAAGAUUUUUGUCCAUGACACUUUUGUGCACUUUUUUUCUAACAAUACCACAAUGCAAUGUCCCGCUUCUUAUAGAUGCAAACCUUACAGUUGUGCAGCGUCACACCUGUCGGUGACGACACAAAAUGUCAGAAAUACUGCUCACAAGAGAGUGAACUAUUGAGUGUCUACAACGGAGGGAGUAGUGAACGAGGGAGUGAUUUCAUACACAACCCAGAGAGAGGCCUGUACUACGAAGCAGGAUUUGGCGUUAUAGCGAGGUAACUUCAGGGUUAACCCUUCAGGGUUUCCCGUCCUACGAAGGUGGAUCACUUCUUACCGGGGUAGAUCACCAUGAUAACUUACGCUGAACAGCUGACCUGCUCCGGAGCAGGUUAUGUUCCAGAUAAGAGAUCAACUCGUAUAAAAGCACCUUCUACUGACCAAUCAGAGCUUGGUGCGCAGAUCGUAUGAUCAUAUUACACAAAUGAAGAAGUUAGAGUCAUAAUCCAGACUAAAAACAACACAGUUUAAACUGACAGAUGCAGGAAGGACAGCUGAC